AUGUCACUCACCUACGAGCAGAUGAACCUGGUCAAGGGGACCAUUCCGGCCCUGCGAGAACAUGGAGAGCACAUAUCCACCGUCUUCUAUAAGACCAUGCUCAAGGAGCAUCCAGAGCUCAACAAUUACUUCAACGCUGUGAACAUGAAGAACGGGACGCAGCCACGUGCCCUCACCAAGCUCAUCCUGGCGUUUGCUUCUAACAUUAGUCACACCAGCGAGCUCACGCCAAAGCUGGAGCGCGUGGCCAACAAGCACACCAGUCUGGGCAUUCAGCCCGAGCACUAUGAGAUCGUCUGCAAGUACCUCAUGCGUGCGUUCGCGGCGGUCUUGGGCAAAGACAUGACCAGCGAGGUCCGCGUCGCUUGGACCAAAGCCUACUGGAUCAUGGCCAACAUGCUGUCCAACCGGGAGCAACAGAUAUACCGGGAGUUCAAGGGCUGGGAGGGCUGGCGGCGCUUCAUCGUCGACAAGAAGACUCGGGAAACUAGAGAGGGCGACAUGGUGUCCUUUGAGCUCAAGCCGGUGGAUGGCAGCCCGUUGCCCUCGUUCAUGCCAGGACAGUACAUAUCGCUCCGCGUCCGCGUUCCCGGAUCGGGUUACCUGCAGAUCAGGCAGUAUUCUCUCAGCGACAGGCCGCGCCCAGACCGGUACAGGAUCACUGUGCGGAAGGUUCCGGAGAGGCAUGAAGGCUGCUCUUGCGAGAAUGGCCAUACGCCCCCGUCCAGAAGGUCACCGACGCUCCGAUCUCACAGCCGCUCGUCUUCCUUUUCAACUGCGGUGGAGAGCACGACUGGCGACAGCUUCCUCGGGCUUAUGGAUUACGGGGUUAAGAAACAGGGUGUUGUGUCGGGACUGUUGGUCGACGAAAUCCUCGAGGGGGAUACCUUGGAGCUGACCCAUCCCACCGGCGAUGUGUACCUUGAUACUAAGAAUGACUCGAGCUCGACGCCCUUGGUCUUCAUAUCUGCCAGCGUUGGUGUAUCGCCCAUGCUGUCCAUGUUGAACACUAUCAUCGAGAAAGACCCGAACCGGCCGAUCUCGUGGGUUCAGGGAUCAAAGCAUAGCAUUCCCUUCGAGGAGUAUGUGACUGACCUAGCCAAGGCACACCCAAACAUCAAGACCACAUUCUUCAACACGGGUAUGGGCAACAAGGACCUCGCGGAGUCGACGGACAGCCUUGGGUUUGGAUACUACCUAGAAUGGCUCAAGGCAGAUGACAUGUUCUUCAACAACAAAUCGGCCGAGUACUUCAUCUGUGGACCUCAGCAGUUCAUGCUGGACAUCUCGAACUACCUGACCACCAACGGAGUGGCCCUCAGCCAAGUUCGAUACGAGCUCCACGCGACCGGCUUCUUUGAGCUGGAGGAAGGGUUCUGA